UUUGGAUGCUGAAAGUUCAAAUGUAGAAGUGUUUAUUUAUUUUCUGCUGUAUGUCUGAAUUAGAAGAUGAAUCUUCAUGUUCAUUGCCGGAGGAUGAUGAAGUCCCACCAGAGAAUCCAACUUCAUUCUUUCAUGUUCAACCUCCCUCUCUCAGCCAGGGAUAUGAGAUUUGUGGAUCCCCAUAUGAUGGCUCUGAAAUUACAAAGAAAAUAAAGUCAACAAAAUUUCGUUUGAGAGAAUAUGAAAACUGGUUAGGCUUUAAAAAACCUCUAGAUGAGAGGCGACUUCGUCAAGCUGUUUCAAUGAAUGAUACUGCUUCUGUAAUUCAUCUUCUAUGUAAAGGCGUUUCUGCUAAUUGUUGUGAUGAACUUCGUAGGUCUCCACUACACUUGGCUUCUUGUAAAGGUUAUACUCGGAUCGUAAGGAUUUUAUUAGAUCAUGGAGCUGAUCCCAAUGCACGUGAUUCUAUUGGAAACACUCCCCUUCAUUUGGCAGCAUGCACGAACCAUAUUGAUAUCAUCAUGUUACUUUUACAAGCAGGUUCUGAUGGGCUCAGCGUAGAUAAGCUUGGAAGGAGUCCACUUCAGUUGGCCCAGUCAAAAUUAAAAAUUCUUCAGAAAUCCAAUGUCACAGAUGAAGAGGUCAAACAGCAAGUUUCUCAGGUUAUCGAAUUGCUGCUGAUGUUUGCACACGAAGGAGCAGACACAGAAAAACUGAGUGAAGCCAGAGAUAGAGUAAAGGUUGCUGGAUCACGUGAGCAGGUAGACAUGGAGCUGAGAAGCCUUCUUGAUAAUCUUGAAUCAUUGAGUAUAUCUAAGCCAAGCACAUGAUUAAUUUAAUUCAUUCUAAAGUUCUUUUAAUACUUAUAACAAAUCUUAAGAAUGUAUUGUCCUUUCAUUAGGAUAUAUUUUUAUAUUCAAAUUUAACUAUAGAAAGAACUAUUGGGACAUUAUUUUAUUGCAUUUUUUAAUUUUAAACCAAUAGACAUGA